GCCGGCAGUGCCACGGCUGCGAGCCAUGGGGGCGCACGGGCUGCUGCUGCUCCCGCUGCUGCUGCUGCUCCCGGCGUCGGUGACCUUGGCCACCAGUGUGAACCCAUGUGGCCCAGAUAUGUACCAGUCUGAGAACCGCUGCUGCAGACGCUGCCCAGCGGGUCACCAUGUCAGCAGACACUGCAGUACCAACCACAGCCUUGGACACUGCACACCCUGUGGCCCUGACACCUUCAUGGCCCAUGACAACGACCAUUCCGACUGCCGGCCGUGUAACCAGUGCCGGGAAGACCAGGAGCCGGUGACCAACUGCUCCGCGACCAGUGACCGGCAAUGCCAGUGCAAGUCGGGCCAGUUCUACUGUGACUCUGCGGACUGCAUGGAGAGCUGCUUCCGGUGUAGCAAGUGUCCUGGAGGCAGAGAGCCCCUUUGGCCAUGUAACGCCACGGCGGACACGGUAUGCCCUGAGCCGGACGAGCCAGGACAUGCAAACUUGUAUUGGUUACUCCUGGUUCUGCCUGUCAUCUUCAUCAUCAGCCUGGUCAUCUGGUAUUGCAAAAAAGGGAAACCCGUCAUCCGGCAGUGCAUGGCCAAGCUCUUCAAAGAAGAGUCAAGUGAGCCGGGCAGCUCUCUAUCUAGGAGCCCCUGCUGCCCGGGCCCCAUGGAGCUCCUGCUGCCCGGGCCCACGGAGCCCCUGCUGCCCGGGCCCACGGAGCCCCUGCUGCCCGGGCCCACGGAGACCCUGCCACCUGCAGAUGCUGACAGGGACCAUCCAGCACCUGGCACGGAAACCACAGGGCUGUUGGAGGAAGAGAACUUGGCCUCGCCUCCAGAGGCCGAGGCUGAGGCCGAGACCCAGACCAGCCCUGGGCCCUCAGAGGACCCAGGUGAGAGCCCCGAGGGGCAGCUGCUGGCGGCUGCAGGAAGCGCAGUUGCCCCAGAGCGGAUGCCGCACACCUGUCCUCCUGCUGCCCGCGGGCCCUGGGGCCGGCCCAAGGCCACAGCCUCCCUAGGGGCCCUGGAGCAGGAAUAUGCACAAAAGUAUUUUUUGAAGGAUACGUCCUGUAACGGUAAGCAAUUUGAAUUCUUCAUUUUAGCAGCUGCUCAGAGUUAAAUCUUUGGUGUGGACGUCUUUAUUUCUGAGAAGGAACAUCUGCCUCCGUGCAGUCACGAGGAGUUUUCCUGCGGACUUGAGAUUCACUUUUCCACGUUCGCUGCUGACACCAGAGAAAACAGUCUGGUGUCCAAUGCAGAUUUUGUGGGCUCAAUCUAGAAACAUUGGGAGUUGCUUUUGUUUUGUAAUAUUUCCAUGUUUUUCUGAAAAGAUGUGAGUGGGUGGUAGAAAUACCUCGUAUCACCCUAGAUGAGCAGGUCCCUGCUGGCUGUGAUGCUACAUUUUCUUGGCAGAGAAGUAAAGAUUUACUGAGCACAUGCUACAUGCCAGGUGCUUUCUUUAUCUCAUCCUAACAACUCUGCAAGACCCACCCCCAUUUUGCACAUUUAUAAAUAAGAGGACCGAAGGUCAGGGAGGUUAAACUCGCCCUGGGUCUUGGAUCCUACUGCUAACUCGCCCAGCAGCCUGGGGCCCUUCCCAGGGGGAGGAAGGAAGGGUGGGGCGGACCCCAACGGACUGUCCCCACGAGGCUUCCGACUUUCCCGGGAGCCUCUGGUUCCUUCUCCUGGGAAGGCCGGUGGCCAUGUGGGGCUUGCGUGACCCAUGGCCCUAGAGUGAUGGAUGGGCAGUGGGCAGGGUGAGGGGUGGUCCUGGCCUGAAGGUGGCCUCCAAAUCCCAGGGCCUGGCCCCUUCUCCGGGACCAGCUGGGGCCGCGCAGAGCCUCCACGUCCUGGGCAGAUGCUCCAUGGUCUUUCCAGAAAUGUAAGCACACUCUUCCUUCUUGUUUUUGUUUUCUU